GUAAUGUAUAAAAGAAAUUUAAUUUUGUCUCCAGGUUCAGUUACUUUAAAGAUAAACCUUUAAAGAAGCAUGGAUAUAAAGAUAAUCAUUUUUCUUUGUCUUGCAUUUGCUGCCCCGCAGACUGAAGGUGGAUUAGCGGAAGAAGAAGACUCCUCCUGCUCUCCUGAAGUUCAAUCAAGUGGAGAAGGGUUGUGUGAAUCUGCUGCUGAUUGUUUAACAGCCCCUGGAGAUGUAGAUUCUGUAUGUGUACAGUGUACAGAUACAUCAAUGUUCCCACCAACUCAGUAUCCACAGAUGUUAUCAUACAACUAUUCAGUUGAAGACAAGUGUUGUUUAUCUAGAGGGAUUCAACAUACUAAAAUAUUUGAUUGUGGAGUAGAAUGGCUUGAUGAGACUUAUGGAUUUAGAGGAAAUCUGUUUUGGAAGAUUACUGAAGAUAAUGGCUUUACACCUCAAUAUCCUAAACUAAUUUCUACUACAUGGAUUGGUCUACCGUCUUCUGGGAUAGAUGCAUCAUAUACCAAGGAUGGUGUAACCUACUUCUUCAAGGGUUCCCAGCUGUAUGCUUAUUCACAGACUUAUACAAUGAUAUCUGGAUACCCUAUCAACAUUUCGGACAGAUUCCAUGGACUUGUUGACAACAUAGAUGCUGCAGCAAAUAUUGACGAAAAACUUUAUAUAUUUAAGGGAAAUCAAUACUGGAGGUAUGACUAUGAUGACACAGACCCUGUCUCUUUCGAAAAUACAGAUUCUUUUUACCCAGCACCUAUCGAUGGAAACUGAAUUGGAGUAGAUGUAACUUCUGUUGACGCACUUAUCAGGGUUGGAGGAGACUAUAUCUUCUUUACUCAAGGACUUGUUUACAAGUUUGAUAUUGCUGCUGAUAGAGGAUAUGAUCUUUAUCCACAAGAUGUGGCAAACUCAUGGCUCAAAACAGUCUAAUAACUUUGGGAUCCAAAAAUUAAAAAAAGUAAAUCCGAUCUUGGACUAUUUUUUAGAUUUUUGGUGAAUUUUUAUUGAUUUUUUCAUUGUUUUAUUUUUUGAAAAUAAAACCGCAAAUAACUUUUUUUCCCAACUGUUACACAGAUAAAGCAAAAUAUGAAUUAGAAUCCUUAGCAAAAUGUGAAUAUUAAUUAAACCACUUCUUUUGUGUGUCGUAGUCAGUUUAACUAAGUCUAUGUGGUUCAAAUACUUCUCGCAGAUCAUAAAAAUCGGUCUUAAUAAAAGACUUUAUUAACUAAAUAUAUAUAAUCAGAUUUA